AUGAGUAACAUCUACAUCCAGGAGCCGCCCACGAAUGGGAAGCUGAACGAUUUGUAUGAUCACAGUUAUUAUAUAGAAGCUGCUACCCUCUUGUCUGAGCAGUAUGGAGAGCUGCUGAGAAACCUUACCAUGGGCUGGACAGAAGUGGCCAGUGUCCUUUCUAAGAGGCAGCCUGAGCAAGCUUGGGACUUUAGUUUCCCUCUCUCAACUCUGUUGUGUGUUCUUUCCCAGAGCAUGAAGGGGAGAAGUAAAAGCAGCCAUGACCUGCUCAAGGACGAUCCGCACCUCAGCUCUGUCCCCGCUGUGGAAAGUGAAAAAGAUGAUGCAACAGGAGAUUUAGAAGAUGAUGGAGAAGAUGAAAGUGCAGAGCAGGAUGAAUCCAUUGAUGGCGAUGAAAAGAACCUGAUGAGAGAAAGAAUUGCAAAAAGGUUAAAAAAAGACACAAGUGCAAAUGUGAAGUCAGCUGGAGAGGGAGAAGGAGAAAAAAAGCCAGCCAGCCGCAGUGAAGAGCUCAGAAAAGAAGCAAGGCAACUGAAGCGGGAACUCUUAGCCGCGAAACAGAAAAAGGAGACUGCAGCAAAAGCAGAGAGAGGGAGUGAAGAGGAAGAGGCUGCCCCAGAUGGCGCUGUUGCGGAAUAUAGGCGAGAAAAGCAAAAGUACGAAGCUCUGAGGAAGCAGCAGCCGAAGAAGGGAACUUCCCGGGAAGAUCAGACCCUGGCACUGCUCAGCCAGUUUAAAUCUAAGCUCAGCCAAGCAAUUACUGAAACGCCUGAGAACAGUGUUCCGGAAGCAGAGGUGGAAGAUGAUGAAGGAUGGAUGUCACACGUGCUCCAGUUUGAGGACAGAAGCAGGAAGGUGAAGGACGCGAGCAUGCAGGACUCAGACACGUUUGAGAUCUACGAUCCUCGGAACCCAGUGAACAAAAGGAGAAGGGAGGAGAGCAAGAAGCUGCUGAGAGAGAAGAAGGAAAGGAGGUGAGAGCAGCGUGGUGGCGCCAGAGCUGCUGGCAGCGUGCCCGCAGUCAGUGACCUUGUGACAGCCGUGGACCGCGGCAGCACGGACGGGUGUGAAAGUAUGUCUGAACCUGUUCUCUGGCUCAGAAAAUUUGUUUUGUAAAUUUGGAAUGAUGUAAGCAAAUGCUUUUGGUUACUGAUACAUUUUUUGUCCUUAAUUGACCUUUUAUAUUGCUAAAUCUGAAAUAAAAUCAGUUUCUUUCCAGUUUAAACGUUAA